AUGGCUGUGAAUAUGGACAACCGUUCUACCACGUGGCCGAGCGUCGUCGACAAGUUCGACAGUUCAACCACCACCACCGCCACUACCACCACAACCGAGGUGCCAGACUACUACGACUACUACGACUACGACUGGCCGACUGGCAUCGUUGAUCACUACUAUGAAGUGGAGAGCGUUGAUGGCGUCAUUUAUCCCUAUGUUCUUCGUGUCGAUUGGGCUGCCGAUCAGGCACAUCGAUGGCCGUAUGCAUUCAAUCCGAUGAUCUGCUGGAAGGAGAAAGGCGAUAUACAAUUCAGAGAAACUAACUUCUACUACUGGACAUAUUAUCGAUGGGAUGGGACACCGUUCCAUCAGGCCGAUAAUUGGUCGCAUCCUACCGAUGAACCCAAAAUUACCGCGUCAAUGUUUGUGCUCUCAUUGCUUGGAAUGGCGUUGGCGACAACUUCCGGUUACUUGGUCAGGAAAAACAGAAAAUUGACGCGGAUCGUGGUUAGCAGCGCGAAUGGGGAAGGCCGAUGUUAUACGGGCUAUCAUUUCACACCUGUCUUCUACGGGAGGACGACCCGUUUCCAUAAAUCUUAUUUUCACCAAACACUCGUCGACCUGAUGCCGAUAAUGAUGCUCAUGUUACAAGCCUUCACAUUGGUCAUAGACAGCAUUGCCCUGGUGACGAUCAGGAGGAAGCUGGCCGCAACGAACGCGUUGAUUUUUGGGAAACAGCUGGUGAGUAUGGGAACAGAAUGGAUGUAUCCAGAACCACGGGCAUCCUAUUUGGCCUAUUCUGUCUAUGAAUUCAUCCAUUGCGCACUCAUCAGCUGCAUCGUCAUCACAUUCAACAUGUCCUAUUAUGAACCUAAAUCGAAGUCUCCUCAUCGCGGAACCGGCGACUCGCCC